AACUUGUCAAUAAAGAGCUGUUGAUCCAAAGCUGUUAUAUGCGUUCAAUCCAAUCUCUUGAUCUGUGGUAUCACUGGUAUGGUACCAACUCAAGUAUAGGCAAUCCCUUCUGAUUUGAACUUAAGAGCCAUCAUGGACAUGAUACACUGUUUCAUCCUCAUCGUACCUCCAUCAUCAGCCCAAACCUGUCAUUCAUCAUUGUUCCGUGCUGCGGGAUAUAUAAUGGUGGAACAACUGUAUCACCGAUAGACUUGGCCUAGUCAAAAAUACCACUAGCAAUGGCUUCCCAAGACCUCAUCCCGCGGCCACAUUUCAAACUUGUGAGCACAUUUGGGGUACUGUUUAUCGGGGUUAUACUUGCAGCAAUUCUCUUUGGUGUCACCAACGUCCAAGCUUUUAUCUACUUUCAGACGCAUAGUGGUACAGGGAUAAAAUUUCACAAGCUGGUCGUCAUAUGUCUUUGGAUGCUUGAUGCUCUGCAUCUAGUCCUGAUCGUUCAUUGCAUCUACUUUUAUUUAGUGAUUAACUACGCGAACACUUCUGCACUUACAGAAAUAGUAUGGAGUGCCAAACUUCAGUCGGUCGUCACCGUUGUCAGCAUCUUUGUGGCGCAUAUUCUAUAUGUUCAUCGCAUAUGGACAGUGAGCAAGGGCCGAUCAAAACUUCUGCCGAUUACAAUGGGUAUCUUCGUCCUCCUAACUUUAGGUCCCACCAUCGUCGUUAUUUGGUUCGUAUAUCAAAGAGUCCACACAACCGCUGAUUUGGUCAACAUCAAAUAUGCAUUAUACAUUUAUUUGGGCCCUGUUACCUUUGUCGAUAUCCUCAUUGCAUUGUCGCUGUGUUAUCUUCUUGCUACGUCCCGUACCGGGUUCUUGAAAACGGACUUAUUCAUAUCAAAACUCAUGAUUUAUAUCAUCAAUACAGGCUGUUUGACGAGUAUGUGUUCAAUAGUAAUUAUCAUUACAUGGGCAGUGAUGCCGAGGAACUUUAUAUCUGAAGCUGUUGAAUUUACAAUGCUCAAAUUAUAUGUUAACUCGUUCAUCGCACUCAUGAACGUGGGAUACUCCGCGCAGCCCAACGCAGACACAAUGCAUUCUUCCGAAUACCAUGUGCGUCAUGACGUCUACCAUCCGAGAUCACGUACCGGAGCAUCGCGGGACGAGGAAAUGCAAGCAUCCCAGAAGAGCAUGUUCAACCAUCCCGACGAUGAAGUGUUGCAUAUCACUCAACCUGUGCAGGCUGUCAUGGUGACCUGCCACAGCGGCCGAUCAAGGUGAUGAUAGGAAUGAAUUAUCUUCAGCGUGAUGGAUCAGCUGCGUGGAUCGUUAUCUCCUUAUCUCGCGGGAUGAGUGGAACCAGCCAAUGACCUCAACUUCUUGGUAAAUUAUCGUAGGGUGCUACGGAGUCCGCAUAUAGGUGUGGAGAGACAUCAGUCCAAUCCCAUUCUUUCCGUUGUAACUUGGUACUUUUCGAUUCUAGUAUUUCUUAGUGCGCCCAUAGUCGACGUUGAUGGGAUCAACUUUACUAAGUAGGCUUGGCUAGUACUAUAGCUCUAUCAGGUUCGCGGGAAUGAUAUUUUCACUCCACGGGCGCUGCAACCUUGUUAAAUAAACAAUUGCAUAUUUGAAAAAA